AUGAGACAAGAAGGGAACAAAGCCAGGUUGAGCACCACAGCGCUAACGAGCCCACUGUUGCAGAUGGUCAAGUGCCAUCAGAACCCCCUGACACAAACCCACUGGUUGAACCCUCAACCGGAAGAAAUGAUCCCAACAACCGAGGACAGAAGGAAGGAGAAAGAACCUGGCAGAAAAAACAACAUCUUGUGGCCAAAGGCAAAAGACUCUGACAUCUGGAGCAAGUUGGACGAUGACCUGGCAACCACUCUUAAGAACGUCCUCAAAGGCAAAGUGGAAAACAAAGUGAACAUCUUCAGUGAGAUAAUCUACGAUGAAUGCCUUGGCAGGUUUGGCCAAAAGGAGAAGAAAAAGGAACACCUGUCCAAAGCCAUGAGUAGAAGAGAAAAGGAAAUCCUCCAGCUCGUGAAAGAACGAAGAGCACUACGCAAGGCUUGGAGAAAGGCUGAGGCAAAUGAGAAGGAAGGCCUCCAGGCGUUAUGGGAUGAAGUGAAAUGCCACCUAUCAUCACUCAGGAGGGCCGAGCGCAUUCGAAAGAGGAGGAAGAGGAAAGAGAGUCAGCGCGCAAGAUUCCUAAAGGACCCCUUUAAAUGGCCAGAAGCCUGCUGGAGGAGAAAAGGAGUGGUACCCUGGUCAUGGCAAAGGAAGACCUCGAGGAGCACCUAA